UUUUCCAGAUUCUUCCAAUCCUUCCUGUGGGCCAUCCAUCCAUCAUCUUCUCCAUAAAUCUCCCUUCCAGUCUCCAUUUCACUCUCUUCAUCUCUAAACCUCUCUCCUUCCAUAAUGGAUUCCCAAACAGAGCAUACCCUUUCCAGAAACAGAGACCUCUCUCAGUUACUCCCUUCCUUUUUCGGCAUCCCAAACCCUAACCCUAACCCUAACCCAGUCCAAAAUUCCUCGGACCCAGAUCAGGAGACCGGAGGAUCUUCCAUCGCGCGUGACCGGAUCGUCCUCAUAAACCCGGUGACGCAAGGCAUGGUGGUCAUAGAAGCCGGCGGCGGCUCAUCUUCCUCCUCGAGCUUGGAAUCUCUGCUGCAAGACUUGGUUAGUAAAGAUAAUGGGCACCCACCGGCUUCAAAAUCCUCUAUUUUGUCCUUGCCGAGUGUGGAGAUUGGCGAGGGUGAAGAGAGCAAUGAAUGUGCGAUUUGCUUGGAAAUGUGGGGUUUGGGUGGAUUAGCUAAAGAAAUGCCUUGUAAGCAUAUAUUUCACCACAAGUGUAUUGAUAAGUGGCUGGAGAUUCAUGGGUCUUGCCCAGUUUGUAGGUUCAAAAUGCCAACCCAAAAUGGUGAUGAUUUGAACAAGAAGAAUCCCAAUAGACAGAGGAGAGAGAUUUGGGUGAGCUUUUCGUUUGGCAGUGAUAGGAGAACUGAGGAAACAACUCAAACUCAGCAUAUUGCUUCCAAUUCAGCUGCUCUUGAUGAUGAAAUGGAGACAUAAAGAGAAUUUUUGUAGUAUUAUCAGGGAUGCUGGUGCUUUGGCUUCUUUUCCUUCCACUUCUUGCUUGAUCAUUUGAUGCAUUAUGGGUUG